ACUAUUGGUUUGUUGUGGUCGAUUGUGAUUUUUGAUUACAAAUACACGUUGAAAGAAAUAAAAUCGUGAACAUGACGAUAUGUAAACAAAUAACCGUGUUAAUAUUCCUUGUAAAUGGUUACAACGCAAAUUUUAUUCUGGAUUUACACGCAAAUGUACAGCCAUAUAAUGUACUGCCAAGGUUUUGGACACAAACGGGUUUAUCGCCAUCCGCUCCAUUUCCAUUCAAUCGAACAGAUGUUGCUCAGCAAUUGCUGAGUGAAAAUAUGUACCGGAAUAUGGAACUCAUUUCAGCUCUGCCAAACGGUGCCAUCAAACAUAUUCGCAUACACUGGUUGCUCUCAUUGAUCGAUUUCAAGGGGUUUGACGCAAACAAAAUUCCUACAUAUGAUUUCAGCGCUUUAGAUAGAUUUCUCGAUCAUUUGAUGGAGAUAAAAUUGUUUCCAGUUAUUGAAUUUAUGGGCGACAUUUUUCCAAAAAAUGAAUUCCAUGACUUUCGAUUCAUGUGGAAGGAUUUCACGUAUCAAUUUGCGUGGCAUUACUUAUCAAGAUAUGGACAAAUAAAAUUAUUAAACUUUCGAUUUGAGCUGUGGAACGAACCAGAUCUUUUAACGUACAACAUCCUUAAUCUAACAUUAAUCGAAUAUUUGGAUUAUGCGCAUGGAGUGGCCAGUGGAUUGGAAGCGGCUUCUCGUCGAAUGAACCCAGUAAGCAAAAUCCCUUUGAGAGGUCCUGCCGGUUUGUUCAAGUCUUUUGAAAAGCACCAACUUUGCUAUGGAUUAUUAGCCCACUGCUCUGCCAAUGAAUCACUUUGUCCAAUCGACAUAAUCACAUUUCAUCGAAAGGGAAUCAACAGUCCAAAUGAUAUUUUAAUAGAAACAAUCAAAUUAUUGGAACUUUUCCGCACAAAAUACCCGAAUCUAGUGCAUAUGCCGUUUGCAAACACCGAGGCUGACCCAACGUCCGGCUGGUCAAAGAAUGUGACGUCAUAUGCUGAUGUGCACUAUGCUCAUAUGCUUGUGUCAAUUGUUUUGCAACAUUGGAAUUCAUUUAUAAAAGGACCAUUGAAGCAGCUCGAUUCGAUUAGCCAUGAUAACUCAUUCCUUAGCUAUCACCCGUUUGAGUUUGAGCAACGAACUAUGCUGGCUAGAUUUGUAAUGAACAAUACGAAGGCAGUACAUUUCAUUCAGAAGCCAGUUUAUGCAGCAUUGGGAAUGCUUAGCUCUUUGGCUAACACUGCAACCCCGAUGGAAAUUAAGAGUAAUGUCAGUUAUGUUCUUUCACUGGGUGAUCUGUAUGCAGCAGUUCUACUGUCGAGUACUAAGCAUAAUCAAGAGGAUCAUAUUGAAAUCAAAUUCGAUGACUGGCACAGUUUGUCGGAUAUAAAUUUCGCAUACUUUGCUGAAUUUUUGGAUCAAAGUCGAACAAAUCCGUUUGCUGUGUGGACAAAAUACAACCGACCGGCUUAUCCAAACGAAACGGUUCUCACCGAAAUGAUGCAUGCACAGGGACCGCACAUAUUGCAAAACCCAAAAAUCAUCAUGCAGCUAUCCGCAAAAUUCACUGUAAAGCUGAGCCAUCCUUGGGUUAUUUUAGUUCGCAUUUGUGCAUCGUCGAUACCUUCACCAUCAAAAGUGAAAAAUAUUCGAUUUCAUUCAAUUGACAAAGACACAAUAUUGAUCUUAUGGCAUGAUCACGAGUAUGCGAAUUAUGAGCGCUGCAUCCGAACCUAUGAAAUUUUCUAUGCACCUGCUGUCGAAGUUGCAAGAAAUAGCAACAGUUCUCAAAUAUCACAAUGGGAAUUGAUAACACUCAAUAAGCAUAUUCCAUACAUGUCGUAUUGUCAUCGAGUCACCCUUCCAAAUGAACGAUUAGAAGGAUACUAUAAGGUUCGAGCAGUCGAUAUUUUUGGCCGAUUCAGUGAAUUUUCGAAAGUCAAGAAGUUCAACGGAUAAAAAGAGAAUCACUCUCAAAUGAAAAUUUUGAACAACUUUAUUCGUAAAUUUCAAGAAAAUCACCAAUUCUUUUGGAUUGUAAUGAAUGUUUGUAGUGAUAAUAUAUGUUGGAUGCUCAACGUG